UUUUUAUAAUUUUAUUCUAGGCAGCUAUAAAUAAACAUUACACUGUAUAAGUGAUUACCUCUAAAUAGUGACAUGAGUAGUAGCAUGAUGUACACGUGACAAUGUAACUGAUGGCGUAGUUAAAUUCUCUAAGGAGCAACAUGGUUUACUGAUUAGGCAGUCCAUGGAUGAUCCACCAGAUCUUCUACGUAUUGGUGAAUAUGUUAAACAAAGAUGGAAAGUAGUCAAAAAAAUUGGUGGUGGUGGAUUUGGUGAAAUUUAUCAAGGACAUGAUACUGUUACACAAGAAAUGGUAGCACUUAAACUUGAGUCAGCGAAUACUUCAAAACAAGUGUUAAAAAUGGAAGUUGCUGUCUUGAAGAAAUUACAAGGAAAUUACCAUGUUUGUCAUUUUAUUGCCUGUGGAAGGAAUGAUCGUUUUAACUAUGUUGUCAUGUCUCUGGUUGGACAAAAUCUUGCUGAACUUCGCCGUAGUCAAUCUAGAGGUGCAUUUUCCAUUGGAACAAUGCUUAAACUCGGCGUGCAAAUACUCAAUGGCAUAGAAGCUAUUCAUGACUGUGGAUUUCUGCAUAGGGAUGUGAAGCCUUCAAACUUUGCAAUGGGGAAUACCAAACAAACGAGUCGAACAGUGUACAUGCUAGAUUUUGGUUUGUCAAGACAAUAUGUCAACAACGAGGGAAAUGUUAGGGCCCCAAGAGCUGUUGCAGGUUUUCGUGGAACUGUUAGAUAUGCGUCCAUUACAGCUCAUGAAAACAAGGAGAUGUCGAGGAAGGAUGAUUUAUGGUCAGUAUUUUACAUGCUUGUAGAGUUUGCACAGGGAAGUCUACCUUGGAGGAAACUUAAAGAUAAGGAAGAAGUUGGGAAAUACAAGAAAGCAUAUGAUGACAAAAUGUUGCUUAAACACAUCCCAUCAGAAUUUAAACAGUUUUUAGCACAUAUUAAAAGCCUGGGAUACGCUGAUAGACCAGAUUAUAAGUUGCUCCGGCAAUGUUGUGAGGAUGCUUUAAGUAAGCGCGGUAUCCGCCACAGCGAUCCUUUUGAUUGGGAGAAAUCUAAUGUUGAUGGCUCACUUACGACAACGACUUCAAGUACUUCGAAAUACCUGGCGACACCCUUAGGAUUUAAACCUGAUGUUGCAUUAAACAAUCCGUCAGAUUUGCCUCGAUCGAACACAGCUUUACCAGUAGGUGAAGAAAGCUUGCAAUAUGAUGAGGAGGAUCAAGCUGUUAAUGUACACGUUCCUGAGGGAAGGCAACCGGAAGUCAUCGAGAAAAAGGAGGCAGCUACACCAGUCAAACUUCCAAGAGCAUUCCUACAAGCCAUGAAAGAAAACAUUCUUGCUGAUACCAAGUAUAAAGACUUCACUAAAAAUCAAAACACUGAUAAAACUACGUCACGUAUACCUGUACUUAAAGGAAAAGUAAAUCCCGUCGCAGUAAAACGGUCUAGUAUAGAACAAGACGCUACCAAAAACACUGAAAAGAACAUGGAGAAUGUGGGUGUAAUUAAAGAAAUUCAAAUGGAUAAAGGUAGUGAACAAGGUCUUUUGUUGUGUGGAGAUGUCUCAAAAGUUAAAGAAUGUGAACGUAGCCAGGACGUUGGUAAGAAAGUUAUCGUAACUUCCACUCACAUUAAUGAUGAGAAAUUUGACGAACAUAUUAUUGAUAAACCACGCUUAGGGGAAAUUCACCAUAUUCCACAAAAGCAAUAUGCAAACAUGCACCAUUCAAGCACCGAUCGUAAGACUCCAUUAAACAUUGAAGCUUCGUGCACGGGGAAAACUAAAAACGAAAACGCACUUCAAGCCAAUAAAUAUAAACCUGUGGUGAUAAGGGAAGAACCUCCGCAAGAGGCUGCUACAGAGACUGUUGUGGCUGGUAUAACAAGUAGACACACCAUUGGAUAUGAAACCACCAAUAAAAACAAAGCCAGCUUUGGUAAUCUUAAAGUUGGUGAUAAAAAUCUUUACCUUGUAAAUAAAAAUAAAACCAACGAUAUUUCAACUGGCGAUACUGUUGAAAAUAAACUCGAUAUAUCAAAUCAAAAUAAAAAAGACAUCACUGUUAACAGUGACGUAAACAAGAUAACCAAUAGAGUAGAGCAGAAGGAAAGUAACCUUGCGCUUUUAAAGGAAACGUACCAACAGUUGACAACUAAUUUGCUUGCCAAAAAGAAUGAUAGACAAAAGACGAUGCUAGGCUUAAACUACCUAACGAAUGGAGGAAGUACGAAGCCUCCUGAUGAAGAAAGUGAAAAGGGUUUGAAAGAAAUAAAAGAUAAUAAAUGCUCUAAAGUUAUUUUGGAAGAAAAGACGAUUAAAAGGGAUAACGUAAAGGAAAAACAAACGCAUAGUGGCGGUGAUGUGGUUGAAACAUCUUCAAGUGUUGUUGUUAUUUCUGAACCACUUGUUACGUCCGUGAAAUUGCUUGAUAAAUUUGAGAUAGGUAGUGACAUAGCUAGCUCUAAUAAUCUAAAAGCUGAUGGUAAAGCUGACAAAAUGGAAAAUAUGCAGAGUCCUAAUAAUGAUGUGAAGAUAGGGUGUACUCUCUUCGAUAAUUUGAACAGUAACCUAAAGGAAGUGCGUUCAUCGCUUCCAACUAAGGAUGAAGUAGAAGCAAAGACUGGGAAAGACAGUUUCUGCCACAUUGAGCGGUCAUUUGAAAAUCAACCAGAGGAAAGAGAAUUUAACGAUUAUGAAAUUGUCGAAACGAUCUAUGAUCCAGGUAUUGAAUCUGUUGAAAGGAAUCACCACGCUUCAAAGAAAGCCGAAUCUGAAGGAGCUAUUUAUAAUACGUAUCAAAUUGGAAAUCCACCUAAAGCAGAAUCGCCAAAAGAGCAAACCGCUGAAUGUCCCACCAUAUAUAACACGGAAGUCACCAAGGAAUGUGUAAAAGAAAAAAGUCUGCAGAAGAAAGGUAAUCUCGAGCCCAAAACCCCCUUGCCCUGUACCUCCAAUCAUCCUAGUCCAGAACAAGUCCCUAACAGUACUAACCCGUACACCCCAAGCCCAGAAUGUGAUAGUAGGAAAUCAAAAGAGAGACGAAACAGUACUGUCGUUAGGUUUUUGGCCUCUAUAUAUGAUGAUAUGAAAUUCAAAUUACAAACCAAGACAAAAUUGAAAGGUAACAAUGAGGCUUUAUAUAGGAAACAGUCACAAGAGAAGCGAGGUAGUUUUCGUCAGAAACUAAACUUGUAUCAUAGAAAUAAAAGUGCUUCAAUGGAUUGUCUAGAUAUGAAUGCAUCGCCAGCGAACUCACCCAUAGUGAACGAUAUAAAAAGAUUUUAUAGUAUUGAUAAGUUGAACGUCGGUCAAGAAGAAAACUUUGGUAAAGGCGAUAUAAAAGAAUCAUCACUUUUAAACAAGAAUUUUUCGAACAAUGACUUACGUAACAAUACCGAAAGAAAAGACAUUAUUCUAAAAGAUCUUAGAAAACCAGGCGGUUCUUUGCUUUCAAAGGACAUCGUUUUAGCAGCAGACUCAGAUAGUUCGGAAGAAAAAAACCUGCAAGUAAAGCCAAGACCUGUUAGCGAAGUUCCGGAAGCCGAUUUGACGGAAGUGAAGUUUAUAGCUGAGAAAACUGAGAGUAUCAACUACCUUCGUGAUGAAUACAAUUUUGAAGAUGAAGUUAACGACGUUAUUCCGGACUCCUGGGAAGAAAAGGCAAUACAACCUUCACAGUCUGCGCCAAGAGAAGCAAAAACUGCCACGAAGGAGGAAUUACACCACGCUAGUGUAGACGUACCACGAAAGAAACCUGCUUUGUCUUUUAUUUUGAAAUCAAACAAAAAUGCUAACACGCAACCUAAAAACGAAAGAAAGAAAAGCAAGGACAACUCUGGGGUAAUUAGUGCUUACUCAGCAGAUGACGUCAACGAUGCGCCAUUACAAGGUAAAGAGAAGAAAAAACGAACAGAGAAACGAUCGCGUAAAAAAGGUAAAUUUGAUGACAUCCGUUAUGGAAGCGAUUCAAUAAUAAGCGACAGUGGAUGCGACGACUCUUCGGUUACGUCGUCAGCGAGACACAUGCCACAACCGCCGGCUGAAAGAAGGAGAACUGGAAAGAUUGAUGCAAGGUUUCGUCGAUAUAAAAUGUACGCUAUUAAAAAUCCAAAGGGAGGCAGUUAGCAUUUAACAGCAAGUGCUGUAAAUAGACCGAUAAUACUUCAGAAUUGUUACAAAGACGACGUUGUUGCUGGAUGGAGAAGCAAUUUACCUGCAAGGAUAAAGAGAGAACUAUCCUGAACGAAUGAAGUGGGAACUCUCUAGCACGGAUAAUGUAACAUAUCUUCUUCAAGGAUAAAAGACAUCUAUCCUGCACGGAUGAAAAGAUAACCCUCCUGCUUGGAUGAAGAAAUAUCUCUCCUGCACGGAUGAAAUGAUAACUCUCCUGAGCAGAUGAAGAGACAACUCUCCUGCGCGGAUGAAAAGACAACCCUCCUGCACGGAUAAAUAGACAACUCUCCUCCUGUUUCGCAGUCUUUCCCAUGUGAUUGCGCGUUUGGAAGAAAGCAACAAGGCAGUGUCACACGAACCAGAAAUAUGACAUGCAAUAUCGGUUCGAUUAUCAUCCAGUCACAUUCUUGCCUGCAAACUGCAUUGAAGUUUCAUUAUUUCCUUGUUAUUCAUUAUACAUAUGUCCUUUCGUUCAUCAUUUUUUUCUCACUAAAAUAAUUUUUUUACGUCAUUAAAUGAAAAAAGUUUUAUUUAUAUAUAGAUAUUAAGAGAAGUAAGUGAAGAUAGACAAAAUCUAAUAUAUAUUUGAUCAAAGGUUUCUUUUGUGUGAAACUAACCAGAUCCUUUAAGUGAAGCCGUAAUUUUGGCCAAUGCGUGAACUCUGUGGACGAUAAUAAAGCGUAUAAAUUGUAAUACAGCCAUUCACAAAAAAUUAAUCUGGAAACAUUCUUUACAAUUUAAGAGAACAUUUUUUAACUUGUUUACAGGGAAAGUAUUUUUGUUUUUAUUAUGCUCCAAAGUUAGCCUUUUUUUGUUUUUACCGAGUUAUAAAUCCCUUGAACCUUAUUGGCCACAUGAUAUAUGCGGAUAGACUUUAUCGUUUUUAACUAACACUUGGCAAUUAAUAUUGUCCUAAGUGUGAUCAUGUUUUACAACGAUGAAAUAUGUAAAUGUUUUUAUUUAAUUAAAUUGUAUAUUUUUCUAUUAUCUUCGAAACAUGGAUAAUUUUAAAACAGA